CAAAUUGUGUGACAGUGCGUCACAUCAGUCUGAACGCAGCGCUGAUCCGUUGUGUAACGGCGUCCUGCAGCCAAAGGGGCGGAGACGGCUUUAGAAGACCAGCCGUGUUAUGUUGUUGUUUUCAACGUUUUAUUUACGCUUUACAUUCCCCUUGCACACCACCGACUUUGACAAACAUACAGCUUAACACCAUUAUUCGCAAACGGGAACUAAUUCUGAAUUAUAUGGAGCUGGAUCGGCGACUCUUGUUGGCUCACUGCGCCGCCCACACCCUCUCCGUUAUCGCCGGACUUUUGGUGGUCGUACCGCUCGCACUUAACGGAUCCGCUUUUAAGGGGAGGUGUGCGUUGUUUAGCCAGGGGUUCUGGCGGACUGAGAACCUCACGGUAGGCGAAGGGGAGUCUAGAGAAGUCAGUCACCUGGUGGUGCAACAAUGGGGUCCCCCGGCGGCCUGCCAGUUCGCCACAUUCGUCGGCGUGUUCACUGUGUUGUACGGCGCAGUUCAAGGGUGGAGGAGCCUGUUUUAUCUGCACCGCCGGCAUGACGACACGCUGUUUUCAGCCUUCCUCACACUGCUGUUGAGUCUGUGUGUGCUCUUCCUCUCCGGAGGCGCCAGUGUCACUCUCACGCUUGGCCUUGUGUCCUGGUGCAACACUGUCACGGAUCACAACACUCGACCCUACAGUUGUGCCGAGUCGCAGUCUGUUCCUCUUUAUCUGGAUGUUGAGACGUCCUCUUUCUACUACGAGCUCAAUUGUGCCCAGAUCUCUCUGUGGUUCGUAGCAGCUCUUUGGUUGGCUCAAGCUAUCUUGUCAUUCCUGAGGCUUUAUAAUUCUCACAGUCAGCAUAUCGGGCCAUGUCUACCCCGUGAGAAGGAACUUCUCCUGGGCCAAACUCAUGUGGACUGCCCUCACCAUCAUCCGCAUCCACACUCGCACCCCUCACACACCCCCAGUGUUUUAAUUUAGCCAUAAAGUGUUCACAGAAGUAUCAUUUUUAGACGUAUUGUCAUCUCCAUAAUCGGAUGGAAGGGGAAAGAUCAGUGUAAAAGGGAAAUUCAAAUUUAAGACCUAUAGACAAUCGGCGUAUUUCUCAUGCAUGUCAAACACAGAAUAACCUAAUUUCAGUGUUUAGUUUAUAUGCACUUACUGAAAAGCUUAUCUUGUAGUUUGUAGUGCUUUUAUAAUUGUGACAUUUGUCCUUGACUUUAAACAGUUUACAUGAGGUCAAAGGAUUCCAAAAAUAUAAUACACAUUGCACUAUUGCCUCUGCAAGAAUUUUGUAUGUUUAGUCGUAUAUUGUGAAUUAUAAGUGAAUGGGAAGGAAAGGCAGUUGCACGUGCUCAAGCCAGACCCAUGCUUGUUUUGUACUGUGAAUGCAUAGAAAAUACCAUGACUUUCUGCAGUCACUCAAACCAGAAAUUCUCUUUCUUACCCUAUGAAGGUUUUUAUAUGAAGCUGUUUGUGUUGAUGCAACCUCCUGAUAAAACAUCCACAUCUGUUGGCUAUAGCACUGUUUGUGUAUGAGACAGAGACAAGGAAGCUGGAAAAACAUUGUGGAAUGUUAAGAAUGGGGCGCAUCCCUUUUGAACUCUGAACCUUUGACCUGGAGGAUUGUUGUGAAAUACAAACAGCUGAUUGAAAAACAGAGAGAAAUGAUAAGAGAUGUUCAUUUAGGGUUUGAAAAUAUGAUUAUUGCUAAUGCUGUUGUUUAAUAUUGCUGUUUGUGUGUAUUAUGUGCUAUUUAUACACUUUCAUUAAAGGUAAUCUAACAUG